UCAACUCCUGUGCCUGUUGCCGUGGCCUUGGUGGUACCCUUCCCCGGUGGCCAGCCCAGGGCUUCCCCCACCCAUGCAGUCUCCCACCAGCACAGCCCAGGGCCUCAGCGGCUCCCUCUUUGGGGCCUACACUCUCCCCACCUUCAAGUUCCAGCCUCGCCGUGAGAGUGUGGACUGGAGGCGCAUCAGUGCCCUGGAUGUGGACCGCGUGGCACGGGAGCUGGACGUGGCUGCCCUGCAGGAGAACAUCGCUGGUGUCACUUUCUGCAACCUGGACCGGGAGGUGUGCGGCCGCUGCGGGCAGCCCGUGGACCCAGUGCUGCUCAAGGUGCUGCGGUUGGCGCAGCUCAGCAUCGAGUACCUGCUGCACUGCCAGGACUGCCUGAGCACCAGCGUGGCCCAGCUGGAGGCGCGGCUGCAGGCCAGCCUGGGCCAGCAGGAGCGCGGUCAGCAGGAGCUGGGCCGCCAGGCCGAUGAGCUCAAGGGCGUGCGGGAGGAGAGCCGGCGGCGGCGCAAGAUGAUCAGCGCUCUGCAGCAGCUGCUCCUGCAGACGGGCGCCCACAGCUACCACACCUGCCACCUGUGUGACAAGACCUUCAUGAAUGCCACCUUUCUCCGGGGCCACAUCCAGCGCAGGCAUGCAGGCAUGGUGGAAGGCGGAAAGCAGAGGAAGCAGGAGCAGCCAGUGGAGGAGGUGUUAGAAGAGCUACGGGCCAAACUGAAGUGGACCCAAGGGGAGCUGGAAGCCCAGAGGGAGGCGGAGAGGCAGCGGCAGCUCCAGGAAGCAGAGAUCAUUCGCCAGAGGGAAACAGAAGCUAAGAAAGAAUUUGAUGAAUGGAAAGAAAAAGAGCGGGCCAAGCUAUAUGGGGAAAUAGACAAGCUCAAAAAAUUAUUUUGGGAUGAAUUUAAAAGUGUUGCCAACCAGAACUCUACCUUAGAGGAGGUACCCAACCUAAAAGACUUCUCAGAGUUCUUUAGCUGAAAACAUGCUUAUUUGUUCACAAAAUUUAUUUCUUUGUACUAGUUCUAUGAGUUCAGACACAAGAGGGCAGUGGCAGGUAUUGAACCCCUGCUCCAGAACAUAUUGGCUGUGUGAUCUUGGGUGCGUUACUUAACCUUCUUUUGCCUCAGUUUCCUUUCUGUAAGAUAGGUUUCUGAAGGGGUUAAAUUAGCACACCAACAAUACCUAACAUUUCUGGCAUAUAUUAUAGUAAGAGCUCCAGAGAUGUUAUGCUUAUUUUUGCAAAGGGCUUCACUGGACAAGAAAUGAGGCAAAAUGUAAAUGGAUGCAUUUUUCUCCUAACAAGUAUUUGCUGAGCACUCGUUACAAGCAGGCACUCUAUUGGGGCCUGUGGAAUCACAUAGUAACUAAUAUUUACUGAAACAUUUCCAGCCCCUGUACAGAGUUCUUUAUAUAUACUAGCUUUUAAUUCUCAUAACAACCAAACAACUAAUAUU